GCGCUCGUGAUUGGUAUCUUCAUGAUAUGAGCACGGGUCUUCUCCACUAAUAAUCCACAGGUGUUAUCUGUUAGGUCAGUUAGCGGCAAGAUUUGACCACCCCAGUUUGUAGCAAACGUUACCGCAAAGAUGUUCCGCUUUUUCAAUAUUCUGCCAGCCCCUCUGCAGAUGUGCGUGAGAUCAAUUUGCAUUCACCCCGUACCCGACGUUACUGAGGAUGAGAAAAGGGCGAAAAUUCAAAGCUCUAAUAUAGAACGAGAUUUGUUUGAACAAGCCAAGCUUGAGGUGAACGUGAUCAAAAUAUUGCUACUUGGUGCUACAGAGAGUGGUAAGAGUACCAUGGUCAAGCAGAUGAAGAUCAUCCACAGUCAUGGCUUCUCCAAGCCAGAGCUUAUUAGCUUCAAGGCUGCAGUGCUGGAUAACCUCCUGACCUCCAUGAAGUUUGUGCUGCGCGGCAUGGGACUGCUGAGGAUUCAUCUGGCCAACAAGAAGAACAAGGCCCAUGCCCGCUCUGUGCUGUCCUGUGGCCAGUGUCUCGGGGAGGACGGGGAGCUGCUGCCGUUUGUGGCCCUGUCUUUCUGUGCUCUCUGGGCCGACCAGGGUGUGAAAGCUGCAGCUGCCAGGGGCUACGAGUUCCAACUCAACGACUCAGCGCUCUAUUUCUUUGAGAACAUAAGUCGGAUCAUCUCUCCCAGAUACAUUCCCACUGAGACGGACGUCCUGCGGGUGAGAGUGCGAACCUCCGGAAUCAUCGAGACUCAGUUUCCAGUCAAUCACAUGGUUUUCAGGAUGUAUGAUGUGGGCGGCCAGCGGACCAAGAGGAGGAAGUGGCUCAGCUACUUUGACUGUGUCCGGGCCGUGCUGUUUGUUGUGGCGCUCAGUGACUACGACAUGACCCUGACGGAGGACCGCUCUAUGAACCGGCUACAAGAGAGCCUUGAACUCUUUACCUCCAUCUGCACCAAUAUAGUUUUCAGAAGUUCCUCAUUGAUUCUGUUAAUGAACAAAAGUGACCUCUUCCAGGAGAAGAUCUUAAACUCAGGAAGGCAUUUGCGACUCUACUUCCCUGGUUACAAAGGAGCCGACUGGGACGUGGAUGCUGCCUCGCGUCACAUCACUGCCAUGUUUGUGGCCUGCAAAAGGACCCCCAACAACCUUGUCUUCCACCACUACACCACCGCCACGGACACCCACAACGUACGGGUGGUCUUCCACGUCAUCAUGGACACCAUCGUCAAGGAGAACUUGGAGGCGGUCUCGUUGCUAUAAGACUUUCUAGAUUUUAUUGAUGGAUAUUUGUUUUUAUAUAAUUUAACAUAGGUAAUAUUUACUAAUAUGGAUGGACAUUCCUCAUUUGGAAUUUUUUUCAAUAAUCAUGUUGGUGUUGACAUGUGUUUUAAUUCAAUAAAAUAAUGUACAGCC